UUCAACAUGUUUGAUUGUAGGUUGAAAUACAUUGAAGGCAAUGUAGUCAGUUUCUAGUGUACACAAAACAAGAGCUCACCCAAAGGACUCACCUUUUAAAUGUCAUUUCAAAUUUGGAAAGAAAUCUUGGUUGCUGAAGUACUCAACAACUUUCACCCCCUCACUUUUUUUUUCUCCAUUUUUUUGUUUCUUGAUACUUAGUAUUCUACUCACUGGACUAGUUUCCAGUUGGCCGCGCACGCACGAUCAGAGGGGGAAGCUAUGAAUAGCACGGAGACAGGAGUGGCUGCUGAGAGAGAGAGAGAGAGAGAGAGUUGAGUUAAAGACAUCACAUGUCUAUAUAAGCUCCAAACGUGAUGCCGGUCCUUUUUUUAAUUUGCAUAUUUCAGCCAAUGGAGUGAGUAAAUAGUUGGAUUUAAUUCUUCAACAUCUAAAAGAACGUGUUAAAAUUGUGAUCAAAAAGUAAUUUAGUGUUGUCUGUAGUUUGAUAUUGAUUAAAGUAUCUUACAUAACAACAAGCGAUUGGUUGAACGCUGUGUGACUCAAACAUAAUAUUUGGGCGUCUUCACUAAGAGUUAAGAUGUUUGGUCCCCUCAAACCCCGAGGAUAAAAAAAUGACUCUACAAAGUCAGAUUGUCUCCGUGUAUUUCUACUAGUGAGACCUCCGCCUCUGUAUUCAUGGGCAGAGACAGCGUGACUGACAGCAGCUUCCUGGAUACAAGGAACCACACGAACAUCACAAGCGCCGAGCAGAAAUGGAGUUUCGAGUUUACCGUCACGCUGACCACCAUCCUCGCGCUGGUGGAUCUCUGCAUCAUCGUGGGCAACUGCAUGGUCCUGCUGGUCAUCGUGCGUCAUCGAGGCAUGAGGACACGCACCAACCUCUUUCUGGUCAACCUGGCCGUGGCCGACCUUUUAGUGGGCCUCUGCGUGGUCCCAUUCACCGUCACUACCUUGAUGGAGAAUCGCUGGAUUUUCGGUAACGGGGCGGUCUGCAUGUUUAACGGCUGGAUGAACAGCUUCUGCCUGAUCAGCUCCAUCCACACCCUCAUGUACAUCAGCAUCCACAAGUAUUUCUCUAUCGUCCGUCCGCUCAGCAAUCCUCUAAAGCUCAGCUACAUCAUAGGAAUGAUGGCUGCCGCCUGGCUGUGGGCUGCCAUCUGCUCCACCAUGAAUGUGACGGGGCUCAUUGUGGAGCACAAGCCAGGAACGUCGCAGUGCGGCCCUCGUUAUCCUAACGAUUUGCAAAUGUUUAUUAUUCACGCCAUCAUUCAGAUCACUUGCAUUGUCAUCCCAUUUCUCAUCCUGGUCUUCUGCUACAUCCGGAUGUUUCAGGAGAUCAAAAGACACUCCCAGAGGAUGCGGACCAACUCGACAGUGGCCGAGGAUCUGAUCCUGUCCCAGCAGAAGAAAGUCGCAGUGACCUUACUGAUCGUGCUGGCCACGUUCGUCGUGAUGGCGCUACCGUACUUUGCCUACGCCAACUACACCACAGUCGUGAAGGACAAGAAACACUUCUCUAUCUACCUGAACCCUGUGGCGUACACCUUUCUUUUCAUGAGCUCAAUGUGUAACCCGAUCAUCUACGCCUUCAGGUCCCCGGCUUUCAGAGAGGGCUACAAGGAGAUAUUGUGUCAGACACCCAACUACGUCAUCAGUGAUGACUCUGAACAAAUCCCAAGAACAAACCGGUUAUCGUCCUUGAUCACCACUCUGCGGCGAGGGAGCUCGGCUAGUCGACGCAACACUUUGACGUCACUCUAUGACGUCAACCCCGAACCAAUCAGCCCCAUCAGUCCAUUGGAACCAGGAAAACGACGCUCCUCCAGAAGUAAGCAGAAAAGUCUGUUCAAGCUGCUGAGGUCCACGCGCCAGUCGAACGCGCAGAGUGUCAUACACCGCAACGGGGAUCUGAUCAUUAUGAAGAGCGGCAAGAUUGUCAGCGUGCGACGAGGCGUCAUGGAGAAAGAGGGCAGCCCCUUCAUCGACCGUCUGAUCAAAUUCAAAGCCGAGGCCGGCAAGGACAAAGGAUUAUCCGCGGGUCUGGCUAGCCCUGGUGAGGUCAUGCUGGGUAUCAUGUGUGAUUCUCACGGCUCCUUGGACAGUGACAAGAAUAGCGCCAACAAGAAAGACUCAGACACAGGCUCUGAAUGGAGUGACGAAGUCUUCUGCGGGUCGGGAGCUCACGAUGUGAAAGAAAAUAAUUUUAAAAACUUGUCACCAAAGACUCCCAACGGUGCAAUAAGCCAACGGGGAAAAGAAAAUGGCAUUGUAAAGUCGUCCACUUCAGUGACAGUAGGUUCUAAGGAAACGCCCAUGAUGAACAAUCAUUCCGUUCCGCCACUGGAGAAUAAUGUGGAGAAAAAAGUUGUUGAGAGCUUAAGCUCCAAGCGUAACUCCCUGGAAGAUGUACAGAAAUCCAGCGACGAGCAGCGAAAUUUCUCCUUGACUCAGCAGCCUCGCCCUGAGGUGUCGCCUACAUCUAAGAUCCCAGGAGUUGUUAUAGACAUUUCUGAAGACAAUGAAGUAUUGACUGUAAUGCCACUGACCCCAAACACUAAACAAUAUCUCGCCAAGUCGGACUUUUCGCUUGACCAACCUCGCGUUCAUAGCUCCUCCAAGGGACGACUGGACACGGGUCUUUUUAAGCCACUCUCUCAUUCUCGUAGCACGGAAAAUAUGAGCAAAAAACAUCCACUAGUCAUGAGACUCCCGUCGGUGGAGUAUCUGGAUCCACCCGUUUCUAUAUUUAGAUCCCGCAGCCACGCUCAAAUGGGAACAAUAAGUGAGUCGGGGGAGAGCAGGUCCAAGUCACCAGAUCGAGAGGCGACCCGCUCUAGGACUCCAUUCUUUCAGUCUCUUUCUCCAUUUAGUCGUCGAAAGAGGUCCCCAAAUCAGAACACACAUAUGUAAGGACUGUGUAUGAGUUGAGUGAUUCUUAGUCAUGAAGAGCUGAGAAUAUAAUAUAAAUGAUCAAAGUUGAAUAUAAAUUGUUGUAUAUAUAUAUAUAUACAUAAGUAUUGCGAUUCAUUAACUUACGGUUCAGAUAUUUGACUGUGUGUGAUAGAAUCAUAGAAAUCUCAAAUCUCUUGUGAAAACAAUUUGUUUACCUUUGACCUAUUAAUCCUAAAUUUUAUGUUUGCCUCUUGUUUACACAUAAUGUUUCAAAUCACGUGGCUGUAACACAUGCGUCAUAUUUACUUGAAAAAUAUGAAUAAAAAGAUUUACUACUGCAGGGGAGAAAGACUGUAUAGAAAAUACAAUAAACAUACAAGUUAACCCUCCCGCACCAAGUCAAAACAAAGGACGUUUGGGACACCAGGCCUUCACCAGCUACAAAGAAAAAAGACAAUUAACUGUUUAAAUAUUGAAUUGUUUUACUUAUUGUUAUGGUUGUCAUCUCAAACCUCCGGCUUCAUCACUUCAUAACUUUUGAAAUUUGAAUUCGCUAUUCGUCGCCUGAUUCUUUCAAACACUAUUGGCAGGUCAGAUUUAAAACAGCCUUAGAUGAUUACGGCAGUCAAAGUGCUGGCCAUGUGACACCCUCAUUAACUGUUGGCCAAAGCUACAUCUGAGAUAUCUGUAUUUCAAAUAGCCUGCCAUGUUUAUGAAGGGAAACUAAAAUUAUUGAUAUCAUUUUUUAAAAAAAUGGGGGGGAGUGGGUUGCAAUUUCUAAAUUGUUAAUGUAGCUUAACAGGCUAAAUUUUACAUACGAUACAUCGAUUAAAGGGAGAGAAUAGAGAGAACUGAAGGAUUAGAAAGUUAUAACGGAGUUAUCUUUUUUUUUCUGCCAAUAACGUGUCCACUUAUCUAUUAAUACCUAGACACGGUCGAAUGUGUAAGUGAAUAUCAUUGUAUGCAUGUAGUCGCUAAACUAGUUUAUAUCUCACAAGUUCAUCAGUAAAUCAUUUUUACAUAAACUUCGAUAAUUAUAACAAUUACAAAUACUUUUAGCAUAUAGUAUGUUAUUAUGCUAAUUCACAAAGUUCACACAGUAUACAAGUGUGUUCAAUGAUACGUCAUCGACCUAAUACAUAUUUAUUCGUUUGUCGAGCUCAUUGUGAAAUGUUCAUAACUGUUAUAGUGAGGGACUUUUGGGGGGUUAUUAGGGCAACAUUUAUUAUCUUGUUGUUUUAAACCAAUACAUUUUAAGUGGUGAAAUUAUUUUUAUUUUCUAAAUUUCCCACAAAUAAAGAAUUAUACUAUGAGGUAAAAGAAAUCUGAAGAUUUUAGUUUCAUACAGAAAUAUCAGAAUUGGUCUUUGUCAAUGCACAAGUAAACAAAAAACUCUCAAAAAUGAAUACAUUUUGUGAAUCUUCUAUUGCAUCAUUUUUUAAUGGUAUACUCUUUGUACUUAUAGCUCUGUGGAAAGUUACAUUAAAGACGUGCUGUAUUAAUGUUAUUUUAUGCUAUUCUUAAGGUGAACUGAACAUUGAUUCCGAAAUAUUUCUUUCUACCCUUUUUACAACCUCAUGGGCACUAAUUGGUUGUCUUUAUUCGGGCCUUUUAUUUCCUCUUCUCGUCCAGCUCUGGUAAAGAACGUUUUUGACCAAUAAUUUAGGAGCUUAGACGAAAUCAUGUUUCAAAACAAUCUACCGAUUUUGCACAUAAAAUAUUUUUUAAAAAGCCCUUCAUUUGCCAACUCCAGAGUUGCUUGUCAUGUUCUUAACGACUAGUUUAAAAUGAGUUUCCUUUCAAUCUGUCGGUUUAUUUACUGAUAACACCUAACUACUUACGGAUGUGAUUGAUCUUUGACCUUUGUGUGAAAGGAUAAUCAUUGACCUUUGUGUGUAAAAUAACCUUUGAACUUUGUGUGAACGAGUUACUUUUAAACCUUGAAUGAGCCUAAUGACCUUUGAACUUUCGAUUGAAUCCCUCCAACAUGUACCAAUGUAUUUACCCAUUCAUGGCCUCACUUGAAUGUCAGCCUCAAGUUUCAGCUGUACGUUUAUUUUUAUUUGUUGUAUAGAAAUAGUUUUAUUGUCUGCUCACCAUUCCAUAGUGUCAUUUGUGCUGUAAACAUGAGCCGUUGAAGGAUGGAUAGUCUGAUAUAAACUGAUUCACAUUCAUAGUAUGGCUACCAUUGAAAUCAAUAUAUUGUAUGUACAACUACUUCCAUGCUCAAAGUUUACCGUGACAAUGACCACAGGAUGACUACAUGAGGAUUGACCACAAGAUAAAUGACCACAUGAUACAUAACCACAAGAUUACCACAUUAUGUCCACAUACAAAAACUAAUGAAAUGGCACCAUCAGCUACUCUAGGUAGUGCUGUCACCGAGGGCUGAGUGAAGUUACAUCAAUACAUGCUUGUUACGAUUACUUCAUUUAUUACUGAAUGAAGAUUGUUCUGAAGGUUCUAUAUUGGUUAACAUUUCGCUUCAUCAAAAUGUGUAUAUGUUGUCACUUUUAUCUAUCACAAACUCUACAAGGGAAAUGUGUACUUGUUUGUUUCAGACACGCUAAGCUUAAACUGCGCUAAACUGAAAUGAAAUUUAAUAUACAAGAGAGAUCUCUUAAGACGUAUCAUUACAUCUUGUAGACAGAAUGUCAUUACAAAUAUAUCAUCUUAUAACUUACAGAUGUUCCUACUUAAAAGAAGAUGAUUACGUCCUAUAUCUAUCAGUGUGUCAAUCUAGUCGUGCAUGUUUAUUAGAGACUUACACUCUACUAAGUCAUUGGUUUUCCUGGCUGAUUCAGGCAACCCUUUCCAUGUUAAAAUGGCACAAGAGAAGAAGGAACACUUGUAUGAAAUAGUCCUAGCAUUGGGAGCAAGAGAUGUCAUUGUCACCAUUCAUCAUGUCUUAACAUUAUCUGCCCUAGAGAUCGCAAGGUCUGAAAGGGGAACUUUACUUUUAGAAAUAAGUUUAACAUUAUCUGCCCUAGAGAUCACAAGGUCUGAAAGGGGAACUUUACCUUUAUAAAUAAGUUUAACAUUAUCUGCCCUAUAGAUCACAAGGUCUGAAAGGGGAACUUUACCUUUAGAAAUAAGUUUAACAUUAUCUGCCCUAUAGAUCACAAGGUCUGAAAGGGGAACUUUACCUUUAGAAAUAAGUUUAACAUUAUCUGCCCUAUAGAUCACAAGGUCUGAAAGGGGAACUUUACCUUUAGAAAUAAGUUUAGUUCCUUUAGUUAACUCUAAGUAACAACAUUUCUAAUGCCGGAUAUUUUUGUCCAAUAUGUUUCCUUGAACAUUCAAUAGGACUUUUUAUUAUUUCUGUUAGCCUUAGCUCCUGUUGUAUUUGUUAAUCAAACUUUGUGAAGAAAAGUUUCACAGCUUUUCAAUAGCGAAUUGUCCAGAUUCAGACAAUGCUGGACAUUCUGAAUUUAGUCACAUACAUUAUACGUGUAUUUUGUUUUCGUUUGAUUUCGUCCAUGAUUGUAAGAAUAAUGUAUAAUCAAGAGAUGUCGCUCUAGAGACAGGGUACUUUUGUAUGGAUGUAUCUUGAUCUAAUGAAUUAUUUUUCAAGUACAUGUGUUUGAUUUGUGUAUAUUUUGUAAGCUUAAUUAAGUGAAAUAUUUGUAUUAAUUGUAUGCUUCAGUGCAAGUAUUUGAGUGACCCAGAGUGUUUUGUACUGGUGAUGAUUGAAAUACAUGUUGGCAAUAUAUGCAUUGAUCCAGUCAAUACAUUUGUAUAAACAAACA